CUAAUAAUACAACCCCUCACAAACAUUUUUCUGAAGGGCUCUCGAACCAAAUAAUGUAAAUUUGCACAUGCGAAAAUGUUCCGCUAUAUAGCUAUACGAUGUACAAUUCAUAUUGCAUAAUUAGUUUGUUGAACUGUUAUAUCUGCUAGGUUGAGAUGCUGCUGCCUGUACCUCGUAACGACAUCUCAGUUAAACACUUUUUCUGGAAACACCCUCCCCAGGCACACUCUCCCCUCUGGAGUAGAUACCAACCAUGUGCACUCACACCGACUGGGACCAACUCACCUGUUUGUAUGCCCUCGAAAGAUGUGCUUGUAAAACAUCAAGAGUUCUCAGAUCUGCACAAGCUGAAAUGGAAGAGCCCACAGCAGACAGCUGCCUCCACCUCAGACCAGGCAGAGAUCCGACAAGGUGCUGCUGGACUUGGUUCCAAAGGCAGCGCUUAUGAAUACGGGGUGGGAGAUGACUGCAAGAGCAAUGUAAUGGCUAUGACUUAGGCUAUUAUAAUUAUAUACAAUGAGACUCGAUUUGUAAUCUUGUUACUUUUGUGAGAUUCUGGAAACAUAGCGGUUGUUUCAAAAGCGGCUGUCUAUAAUUAGACACACUGCUAUACUUGUAAUAAUUAUGCCUCAGGCAGGAGCCAUGCACCAUAAAAAAUGUUAUGCAUGCACAUAUCAUAUAAAUUAAAUUCAUUAUCGGAUUACUAAUGUUCACAUGACAAAUACC